AUGGGCCUACUCUCCAAGCUCGCUCGACCCGUCUCAGACCGAUACAGCAGCUACCUGCCAUUACCCACCUCGAGCUCGAGGGGCAGCGUCAGCUCGCAAAGCGGUCUCGGUCCUGCGAAACAACGCGGGUACCUGCGCACCGCGCUCCAGCACCUGCCACCGUUGCGCAUCGCGCUGCUUCUGCUAGCCUGCUUCUUCCUCGGCAACCUCACCAGCGACUGGUUCUUUGGGCCCAAGGGCGACUCGAACGGCGCCCAGGUCUACCUGAUCGGCGACGACAAGUACCACCGCCUCUUUGCAGACAGCAAUCCGGGGCCGGCGAGCCGGCAGGCCGUCCCGAUCCGAGCGUACGACGCGUUCAGCGAUGCGUGCGUCGAAGAGUGGAUCGUCUCACACACCUGGGGCCCUGCCUGCCAGGGGACCGACCUGAGCGAAGGCCUCAAGAUCGACGGUGUCUGGGCGUGGGUCAAUGGAUCUGAUCCGGCCCAGAUGGCGUCGAGGAACGCCUACCGCCCCGCCACUGCGCUCAAGAUGGACGCGGCGCACCGGUACGCGGACCACAACGAGCUGCUCUACUCGAUGCGCUCGAGCCUCGCCUCGCUGGGCUCGUCGUCGCUGCGCAAGAUGCACAUCAUGGCGAGCGCCUACCCGAUGGGCAGCAUGGUGGGUGCGGGCACCAAGAUGAUCGGCCAGAUCCCCUCGUGGCUGCGCAAGGACGUGGCGACGUCCAAGACGGAGCAGGUGGUUCUGCACCACGACGCCGAAUACUACCGGCCCAUGCCACACCACGACCGCCCAGACAUGUCGCUCGAAGAGGUGCAGCAGUGGCGCGAGCGGACGAUCCCCAGCUUCAACAGCCUGGCCGUCGAGUCGCAGCUGUUCAACCUCGAGGACAACGAGUCAGACCAGCUGGUCUACUACAACGACGACUUUUUCACGCUGCUGCCCAGCUCCGUCGCCGACUACACGACGCCGCUUUUUGGACCGGUGCUCAAGACGCUGGCGAGGGUGACGAGCUACUACCUGCCCUCGGAGAAGCCCUUCCAGCGGCUGUGGAACCCGGCCGGCGAAGAGGUGGGCAUCAAGCGUGCCGCGUGGAUCCUCGGGCAGCGCUUCUCGAUGCGCACCCUGCCCUACAUCACGCACCACCCGCGCACCCUCUGGCUGCCUCUGCUCAAGGAGGCCGCCCAGACGUUCCCGGACGCCUUCAGCGACACGACGCUGGCUCGGUUCCGCGCGCAGAAGGACGUCCCCUACUCGAUCCAGGGCUUCUUCCUGGCGUCGUGGUACAUUGUCGAGCGCCACCGCGAGGCGCUCCUCUGGACCUGGGCGGUGGCCAAGUGGGGCGGAGCCGAAGGACGCCUGACCGAGGAGGUUAAAGACGCCAUGUGGGCCGAGCUGGCGGGCCUCGACAAGGGCGCCAGCGGACCCUCGAGCAUCGACGUGCGCACGCCCGUCCGCACCUCGCCGGACGACAUGUCGGCCUUUGGCGCUGCUGGCGUUGAGAGGCCAAGGAACACCGAGUACUCGUUCUCGUCCAAGGACGGCCACGCGCUGUCCUACCUCGGUUGGCAGUGGUUCUGGGACCGCCCGAGGCACGGCUUCCCGGAUCUCUCAGAGGCCCUCGACUCGGCGGGCGAGGAAGACGUGGGCGGUCGGCGCAGGCUCGACACGCCCAAGCUUUGCAGCAUCAGCCGGAGCAGCUGCCUGGCCCCCUCGCGCGGCGCCGAGUCCGCCAGCGACCUGUUCAAGCGCAUCGCGUUUGAGCAGAGCGACUGUGGCGACUGCAUCCUCGCCGCCCUGAUUGGCGCGAGCGGCACCUCGGGCAUCGAACGCUUCAUGCCGCCGUCGUACGCCAAGAUGCCGGCGACCGAGGCGAUCCCCGCUGCGUCGCCGCCGUCAUCGUCGUCGCCACCGUUGAAGCACGUGCCGCACCUGCCCCUCACGAGCUCGUGGAGGGAGACGGACUUUUCGCUCGACAAGGCGCUGCCCGCCGGUGCGGCCCAGAGUGGCAUGUCGCUGCGCACCUGGUGUGCCCGGCUGAUCCAGCGGUACCAGUACGUGCUGGGCAGCGUGCCGUCCGACUUCUACCAGGUCAAGAAGGCGCACAAGCUGGCCGACAAGCUCGCCCAGCUCGACGAGCAGCAGCAGCAGCAGCAGACGGGGGCCCAGGAUGGCGAGUCCGCUGAUGCGACGUCGAGCGCCCAGCCUGGCGCCGGCGCGACGACGUUCCUCUGCCUCAACGACGACAUUGUCGAGGGCGAAGAGGGCACGCGCAAGAUCAACACGAUGCUCACGAGCUGGUUCCAGAGUCGGUGGGGCGAAAAGAUGAGCGUCGAGGUGUAG